UUCCCUAUUUAAGAAAAAUUAAAGGCGCUUAAUAAAUAUAGUUAAUCACACUUCAGUCCAUACUACUUGCGGCGAAAACACUUUGAUUUUUCAAUAAGGUUGAAUACAUUACAUCACUUUAAGGUGAUAAAGCACAUUUUCAACAAUAUUUUCCUUGAAUAAUUUCAGACAUCAASGAUGCAACCUGGCCUUAYUUGGCUACUGCUGUUGCUUCUCGACGCAGGCGGGACCUGGGCCGGGCUAACAGCUGAUUAUAAUCAAGUCAUCAAUCUUGCCUUCGAUCGCUACUAUGSAAACCGUGUUUUCGACGACGCCCCUCACCAUAACAACGCCACUCUUAUCAACGGUGCCCUUAUAAGGAAAACCGAAGGAAGCUGUGGAAACUGUGUAGAGUUGCUGGGUGGCAAUGUAGAGCUGAAUGGAAUUACAUUCCAAGGCAUCCCGUACGUCGCCAUUACAAUUCUAAUGUAUGUCAAGCUAAUGAAAACAGAGUCGUCACUAACUCUAUUUGAAACGAUUGGAAAGCCUCCACGGUCCAAUCAUAUGAAACCCCAAUAUAUCCUUCAGUCAGAAAAUGGUCGCAUAUUUUGGUUUCAUCGCAAUGAAAACGGCACAACAGUGUUUAGUACAUUCACAGACACGCCCGUGCUGAAUCCUGGGAAAUGGAGUCACGUGGCUGUGACGUAUGAUGGCUUACGAGGACUCAGUCAGAUUUACAUCGACGGUAAACUCAACAAGGAAGAAAARGCYGAUCCAGGUGUAUUUCUGUCACGUGACUGGAGUAAAUACGUCGGAAUYGGCGAGGAAGGAGGUCAGCCAAAUCUYCAAGGUUACAUCGAUGAGUUUUAUAUUUAUAAUAGAUCKAUGUUGCCUAUCGAAAUCCAGUCRGUCAUUGACUUAUGUCAGGGAGAGAAAGCAAGCCUCGUCAUGCAUAUUGGAUUUGACCAGAAAAAAGACAAUGUCUUCGUAGACGAUUCGGGUCUUAGUAAUGACGUCACUCUCUCCAGGCCUCCUGUGCUCCCUGGCAAAGAACCUGAUCCAAUACCAUUUACCAGCGGUAGCUGUGGAGGAGGGGUCCAAAUCAACGGCCCAACAAACGACCUYAAACUAGAUGGCAAGACAAUGCGCARCAAACCCGUMGAUGCCAUUACUAUAGCCUUAUGGAUCAAUGUAACCAGUAUCAAAGGAAUCCAUUACCUAUUUGACACAAUCGGCGCUCACUCACAGCAUAUUCAUGACCAAUAUAAACUGAUUAUGGAAGAGGGUGUGGUCACAUGGAGUCACCAUGACGAAUUCGAUCAAAAGAUAUUUGAAGUUAUAACUGAUCCUGUGGUCACGGCAGUUCAAUGGUUUCAUAUCGUGGGCACGUACAGCGCGCAAGCCAAAAAAGCCAAGGUCUACAUCAACGGUAACCUCAACAAGGAAGCCCCUGGUAGUGGCGGACUUUUGUCUCAAGACUGGGAUAACUACGCUGGUUUYGGUAGUCACCCUAAAGGUGACAUGCAGGCGUACGAUAUUCUAGAUGAGAUAUACAUGUACAGUAGAGARCUGUCACCAUAUGAAGUUAAAAUGCUGCAUCAAGCUUGUAACUACGGAAACGCCAAACAACCCGUCAGUUCUCAAGUCAUCUAUUUUGGUUUUGAUCGUGUCUCGGGUCACACGGUCUUUGACGAUUCUGGCAAAGAGAACAAUGGUCACUUGACUAACCUAGCAACCGUUACUAAGACAAGUGGUACAUGUGGAAAUGGCCUGAGCCUACAAGGAGGCGACAUAAUGCUGAUGGGAAAUCGAAUCUUACGUAAACCAUUGUUUGGUAUAACGUUUGCAUUAUGGGUAAAACUCAACACCAAUCGUGACAGACAGACGAUCUUCAUGACCACCAACCCUGAUUCAAAGGAAUUGAAUAAAGGWCUACAAUACUUAUUCGAAAUUGUCAACGGGACAGUAACAUGGUUCCAUAAGAAUGAGAAAACCAUGACGGUAUUCAGCAUAAAGACCCAGGUCCCUGUUGUACCAGCUGGGACGUGGACGCACAUCGCUGCUACGUUUCGAACAAUGGGAGGAAAAUCUCAGAUCUUUGUUAAUGGUGAGGUAAAGAAAGAGGAAUGGACUGGAAAAGGAACGYUAUCGCAGGACUGGAACGGCCGUGUGAGUAUUGGAAAAUACUAUGAAAUGGAUARAAGUGGCAAAUGGGUUGGUAAAAACCCAUUACUUGGGACUAUCGACGAGUUGUACAUAUUCGACAGGGCCCUGACUCCGACGGAGCUCAAUCUUCUUGGCCAAACUUGCAACUACAAAAGGUUUUUUUCAUGGUUCAUUUAAGGAUUGCGCAAUAUU